AUGGCUUUCCAAGAAGAAGCCCCUGGAUCCACCAAGAUCUUUGUUGAAGCAAAAGAAGCCACUCGCUUCGUCGAAGCUAUUCUGAGCGGAAACGGAGUGCCUGCCGAGAAUGCCGCCAAAGUCGCCAAAUACCUUGUCGCCGCGGACUUGCGAGGCGUCGAUACCCAUGGUAUCAACCGCAUCCCAUCAUACAUGGAGCGCAUCCGAAAAGGCGUCCUCAACCCAGCUGCGCAGCCCCAGCUCCGUCAAGUGACGCCUGUCGUGGCACACGUGGACGGCCAAAACGGCUUCGGUUUCGUCGCGGCCCACGCUGGCAUGGCGGCGGCCAUUGAGUCGGCUAGAGUCUAUGGUAUAGGCAUGGCGAGCGUCGCGCACUCGAACCACUUUGGCAUGAGCGCCUGGGUCGUCCAACAGGCUCUGGAUGCCGACAUGAUGAGCCUCGUCUUCACCAACUCGAGCCCCGCGCUGCCCGUCUGGGGCGGCCGCAGCAAGCUCAUGGGCGUCUCGCCCAUCGCGUGCGGCGCCCCCGGCGGCGACAGACCCUUCAUCCUCGACAUGGCGCCUUCCGUGGCGGCCCGGGGCAAGAUUUACAAGGCCAAACGCAGGGGCGAGAAGAUUCCGCUUGAUUGGGCGCUCGACGCCGAGGGCAGGCCGACGGAUGACCCUGAAGCCGCUCUUGGCGGCGUCAUGUUGCCGAUGGGAGGACCCAAGGGAUCGGCGCUGUCAAUAAUGAUGGACGUCUUCUCGGGCGCCCUCUCAGGGUCUGCGUUUGCAGGCGGUGUCACGAACCCCUACGAUCCGUCCAAGCCGGCUGAUGUUGGGCACUUCCUUAUGGCUAUCAAGCCUGACCUGUUCAUGAGCCUCGAGGACUUUCGCGCCCGCAUGCAGCACCUUUACGAUCGGGUCGUCGGCUCGGAAAAGGCGGCCGGCGUGGAGAGAAUUUAUUUCCCGGGCGAAAUCGAGCAGCUGAUGCAAGAGGAGCGAGAGAGGACAGGCAUUCCCUUUGUGGGUGCCGAGAUUGAAGCAUUAAAUGAGGAGGCUGCGCGAGUGAGUGCCGAGCUCAUAGUCACCAAAUCUUGA